UGGUAAUAAAUCCCAUACCCAAUUCUCCACACGUGUGGGUUUGUUUUGUUAAUUUUCCCUCAUAUUCAUGGAUUUUGCCAAGAAGAUUCUCGGUAAAUAUGGUUGGAAGGAAGGCGACGGCUUGGGAAAACACAACGACGGUAUUGCCGCUCCCCUUAAGGCGAGUCUUAAGUUCGACAACGCCGGGCUGGGAGUAGACCGUGCUCAGGAAUUUAACGACCACUGGUGGGAACGUUGUUUUAACGAGGCAACAAACAAUGUAGAUGUCCAGGUUGGGGAAAACGGAAAGAUCACAACAUCCCGCAAGGAGGGCGAGGAGGCUGUGGAGAUAUCAACCAAAGGAUUCUCGGCCCGGAAACUAAAGAAAGCCAAGGAUCAACAUGCCAGCGACGGAAAGGCAACCUAUGAUAACUUCCUGCAAACGUCUUUAUUGACCCAAGGAGGGGGCGAGGUUGAGAACACGGAACGCAUUCGAGUGGAGGAUAUAGCUGUUUCCAAAGUAAGUGUGCUAACGGAUGAGGAGCUCUUCAAAGCAUGCGGCGGAAGAACUGCGCACAAAGGUGCUCGUCACGGUCUCAAACUGAGUGGUAAGAUAGCGCGUCUGGAACAGCAGGAGCGUGAAAUGUUGGAGAAGCUGCAGGCUAAACAAAACCCAGUCCAGACCAACAAAAUAACCAAGCCGGAAACCGAGGAAACAAAAGAAGAACCUGUGAAAACAAAAAAGAAAAAGUCUUCCAAAGAGAAAUACUCGGAGAAUGUUUCUGAGGAUCAAGUAGAAUUAUCUGUGAAAUCUAAAAAGAAAAAGAAAGAUAAAAAGCUAGAGAAGUCCCAAGAUGAAUCCUCUACCGAUCUUAAUCAGGAGACUGAGGAAAAUGUGGAGGAGACUCAAAAAAAAAAGAAAAAGAAAAAAAAUAAGGAUAAGGAAACUGAAGUCACGACAGAUGCUGUAAAUUCUCCAAACAAAAGAAAAGCAGAAGAAUCCGCCGAAGAACCAGUGAAGUCCAAGAAGAAAAAAAAGAAUAAGCAUGCGAAAGAGGAGUAACAGUUUAAGGCUAGAAUAAUUGCUAGAAAAAUAAAUAUUUGUAUUUAAAAUAACUUCUGAAGUUGUUAAACUGUGUUAACCUACUAGCUGUGUAUACCUGACCCAAAUUAUAGUUAGGAAAACUGAAAAAGAAGUCAAGUAGCGCAGUUAAAAUGUAUGUAUUUAUGGUUCUAAUAAAUCUAUACAAGUCGGGGGCAUUUAUAAACUAAA